AUGCGUGGUGGCACUCCUGUGUCCACGACAGAAGUGGCUGGGGUGGCAGUUAAUAAUGAUAUGCCAUCUACAGGUGAGAGUCUUGGCACAACAGCUCCAGCUCCUGUCGGUGCAGAUACUGCUAAGGCGACUGUUUCGUGUGCUGGUCUUCCACCAAGGCGUCGUAGCCCCCGCAAGCAAUCAACAGACAUACCCAAUGCACCAUCUGUAACUAGGAGCAGCAGAGAUGAGUCUGGUUAUGUUCCUGCGUCCACACUGUUCCCGCCACCUGCCAAAAGCAAUAUGACGGAGAAACCGGAAGACCGGAGCACAACUGAUGCAUGUGUCAAGCCGGGCACGAGUGACGCAGCGGACCCCACCCCGCGCCCCUGUUUCUUCCUCGAGCCGGAUACCGGUCGACCGCCGCACGCACGCACGUCGAGGCCGCACCCGACUCGUGCUCGCGCCCUAGCCAACCCAGCAAGCACCCGACCUGCCGUGCGCGAGUCAAAGACUCCAGGGAAGCCCCACACCCCCUCCUCGAUCUUCCCUGUUGCCGCACGCGUGAGCCGGGGGAAAUCAGAUCUCACCGAGGAGCUCGCGACGCUGCCGUCUUCGCCGGCCGUUUCUGUCACCCGCAGCAGAACGACGCCGCCACCGACGCCCGACUUCGCCGGAGUUCAGGAACUCGCCACCGCCGCUCGAGGGAGCCCCGUCGCCGUUGAACACCACCACUACCUCCUCCGCUCUGCGCCACACCAUCCGUCACUUCGCCCUCGCCGGAGACCCACCGAAGAGCCGCCGCCGCCCGACUACCGCCGCCGUUUUUUUCUCUGUUUUGGAUUGUCCGGAGUGCGAUGCGAGCUAUUGUCCGGAGUGUGACUUUCUGAACCAAAACGAAG